GAAGCGGAAGAGAACUCGGGAAAAAGAAAGCAGGGGCGUGGAAGAUUGUGAGAGGAAGCGCUAACAGCAAUAGCCAAGCGAGUUCACUCAUCGAGUCGGCGAAAGCAGAGAGAAGAAAAAAAAAUCAGAAAAUGGCAUUCACAGUUCGAGGUCUGAAGGUUCCGCCGAACUCCGCGAGCCUUGAAGAAGCCCGGAAUCGGGUCUUCGACUUCUUCAGAUCAGCAUGUAGAUCAUUGCCAGCAAUCAUGGACAUUUACAACUUAGAUGAUGUCACUACUGUUUCUCAGCUCCGUUCUACGAUCGCCUCCGAGAUCCGCAAGAAUUCCCACGUCACCGAUCCUAAGGUGAUUGAUAUGCUUCUUUUCAAGGGAAUGGAAGAGCUUGGUAACAUUACUGAACAUGCAAAGCAACGGCAUCACAUCAUUGGUCAAUAUGUGGUUGGUCGCGAAGGACUUGUGCAAGAUUUGGGCGCCAAGGAUCAGGGCAUAUCCAAUUUUCUCAAGAACUUCUACAAGAGUAACUACUUUUGAAAUUCAUCCUUGAAUAUGACACAUCCGUAGUUUUAAUUUGUGAUCUUGAGAAAUAAUGAAGAAACUAUCUGUCCUCUGGACAAUUGACAUUAUUUGAUCCUUUUGUUGGAUUGAAUUGUUGGUAUAUUAUAUAACCGCUGUAGCUUUUACAGAAGCAAAUCAAUCCAAGAUCUUUGGUUCUAUUUA